UGAGAAGCACGCGUCAGAGAACCUGCGGUACAGCCUAUCCGCAGCACUGGAAUAUUCCUCGCGCUCACUCUCUGGUCAUGAAACUCCAAUCAAACGGAUUUAAAAGCGAGGAAGGCAAUUCUGUUGGGAAGUUGUUGAACAUUUGUUUUCGGAGAACAGUGGGGAAUAUGAACUCAAUGGCAUCAUCCUGCCGAAGAGAUAUCAUAGAACAAUGGUUCUUCUUUUAGAGUACUUUUAUUCUGCCCCACUCGGUUUAGGAAGACUUGUGAAUGUGUUUCGUUUUCAACGGUUUCUUUGGAUUAUAUAGAUACCUGUAUAUCUAUCUGCAAUCUGGAUUUAGAAUAACACCGCGGACUAUUCCGUUCACAGGGUGGACAUCACCAUUGACUGGAAUUAUUCAUCCCUAUCUGUAAUGCCUCUCUCAGUGAUGGGGUUCCUGACCUUCAAAGCCCAGUGAUGCUAGCCAUGAAUCACUACAACCUCUCCGGGCCCCCGGGCGCCCUCGACCCCCUCUCCAACCUCAGCCAGUGGGACACGGAUAUGGUGGAAAUGGAGAGUCUGGCUCACCAGGGGAACCUCACCUCGGACAGGCCUAUGUCCGGAGGCCCGAUUGCAGCCGCUCUCUCCAUGACCCUGGGCGUCAUCUCCAACAUCGUGGCUUUGUUCAUCCUGGCCAACGCCUACUCCCACCAGCGCCGACGCUCCAAAGCCACCUUCCUCCUCUUCGCCAGCUCCCUGGUACUCACAGACUUUUUUGGGCACAUCAUCCCGGGAGCGCUGGUCCUCCGGCUUUACCUCUCCGGAGGGGUGUUCCCCGAGGCGGUCGCCGCUUCCUCAAACGGCUCGACCGACCCCAUGUGCCAGUUCCUGGGUGGAUCUAUGGUGUUCUUCGGUCUGUGCCCGCUGUUCCUGGGCUGUGCGAUGGCCGCCGAGCGCUGUCUGGGUGUCACGCAGCCACUGCUCCACUCCUCCUUAGUUACCACCACCCGUACCAAGCUGUCCCUCUCUGGUAUCUGGCUGGUGGCCCUCUGCGUGGCCCUGCUGCCCUGUUUCCAGCUGGGUUCAUACACCUACCAGCACCCCAACAGCUGGUGUUUUAUCAAGGUCUUAGCUAACGACACCCAGGAAGCGGACGUAGCCUUUGUUACGCUCUUCUCCGGGCUGGGCCUGACGUCGCUGGGGGUGGCCCUGGUGUGUAACACCAUCAGCGGGCUGACCCUGGUUCUGGCCAGGCUGAGACGGAGGCCAUCGGGCUACUCAUCGUCCCACAGUCACCGCUCAGUGGCCAAGAGCCAUGAUAUAGAGAUGGUGGUGCAGCUGGUGGGCAUCAUGGUCACGUCCUGUAUCUGCUGGAGCCCUCUGCUGAUCUUCGGGCUCAUGUCGGUGAUGCACUCCUAUAGGGGCUCCAUUGAUAAAGCUGACAUGGCCACCUACGAGACGUUGAAUUUGAUGGGCGUGAGGCUGGCUUCCUGGAACCAGAUCCUGGACCCCUGGGUCUAUAUACUGCUACGUCGGGCCGUCCUCCGCAAGAUCUACCUCAUCACCAAGCGCCAGGCCGAUUUGAAUGGGAGUGUGCUCCGACGGUGGGAGGGGAACUCGUUUCAGAGCAAGAGCUCGGAAAACAGUCCCGUUAACAGGAUAUGAGAUCAUAACCAAGCGCCAGGCCGAUUUGAAGGGGAGUGUGCUGCUAUGCUGGGAGUGGAACCCCUUUCAGAGUAAAAGCUUGGAGAAGAAUACAGUCAACAGGAUAUGACUGUGUGACCGACGGUGUUCGAGUGAAUGCCAGAAGAAGACUGCAUUAGCCCACUAAGCUAAAGCCUAGUAUUGACCAGGGAGCCAAAGCAACUCUUUAGGUCUCAGGCAAGGUUACUCAUCAUGCAGCGAGCGUGGUCCUUGGUACUUGUGGUGGUCACCGACAGAAAAAGAGGACAUUUCUGUUAUCACGUAUAGUGAAGGAUACGAUUCUCUGAAAAAUGAGGAUUACAUGUUCUUCAGCCAUGGCAGUAUCUCUCAAUCUUCUUUAUCACAGUGACUGGCAAGCUAAGAUCAUCAUCCUUUGGAUAUCUCUUAAAUUAAAACUAGGAAUUGAGUAUGGACAUACCUGGUGUCCGAGUACGGUCUAUUGGACCAGUCAGUCUGCAUUAUCCCACAGACCGAGAGUUGGGAAACACAAUACCCCACAGAUGGAGAGUUGGGAAACACAAUACCCCACACACAGAGAGUUGGGAAACACAAUACCCCACACACGGAGAGUUGGGAAACACAAUACCCCACACACGGAGAGUUAAGAAACACACUCGCAUAGUGAGUAGGUCAAAGGCUUGAAGCGUAUGAAGAUGUGCAGCUAUAUCAGCAGGUUCAUCUGAGAGAUCAGAAGUUCAAAGCCUAGCUACAUAUCUUCAUGAAUAGAAUGUAACGCAGAAGAAUAUCACAAUUCAUUCAACAUAUUGGAUCUCAUUUGUGGAACGUUACAUUUGAUUAUUCUGAAGUCUGUUGGUUAAGGUUUAACAAUGACAUUUUAACAUCAUCGAUGUCUAACGAUUCCAGAACGACUCCAAGAAAACGGAGUUGUAUGCUAUGUAAAUGUUAUGCUAAGAUUAAGAUUGCUUGUUAAGUAAAAGGAGAACUACGAUUUUUUCCUGAGCUUCUGAUGUAUAAAAAUGCUACUUCAUGUCAAAUAUUGAACAAGUUAUAAAUAUUUAUUGCUUUUCCUCAAUUCUCUGGGGACGUGUAGAGAAGUUAUGGAACGUAAUUGAAUGUGAUGAAAUAAAGAAGAAUGUUUUGACUGAAUUAGA